CGCACAGUUUCCUUGGGAGCAGGCAGUUAGGCACCUCCAUCCGAUUCAUUCACAACUACCUCCUAAAGCUUCUUUUUCUCAGCCAGAGGGAUCCCCAACCCCGUUACCAGGACUCCCAGUUGAUUCCAACUGGGGGACGCCUAAUCUUGUUGUGGGAGUUGCGGAUACAGAGAUCUCUUUCUGUACUCAGGAUUCCUUCCUUUUUGGACUUUUUCUUCUGCUCUGAUGAGAGGCUUCUCGCCCUGCAAAGUGCUUUAUGGUGAAUGACACUGAACAUGCCCCGCAGUCCCACUUCCAGUGAAGAUGAGAUGGCGCAGAGCUUUUCAGACUACUCAAUGGAAUCGGAAUCCGACAGCUCUAAAGAAGAGACCAUCUAUGACACCAUCAAAGCCACUGCGGAGCGUCCGACCAGUCGGCUGGAAGAUAUCCAGACCAAUACUAUGGUCAUCAGGAUUGUGAUCACAGAUCUUCAGCAAACCAAAUGCAUCCGCUUCAACCCUCAUGCCACAGUCUGGGUGGCCAAGCAGCGCAUUCUGUGCACCCUCAACCAGAGUCUAAAGGACGUCCUCAACUACGGACUGUACCAACCCUUCAGUAAUGGGAGGGAGGGCAAAUUCCUGGAAGAGGAGAGGCUUCUCAGGGAAUACCCCCAGCCCAUGAGCAGAGGGGUUCCAACUCUGGAGUUUCGUUACAAGAAGAGGUUGUACAAAGAGCCCAGCCUUGAUGAGAAGCAGAUAGCCAAGCUACAUACCAAGGGUAAUCUAAGGAAAUUUAUGGAUUAUGUGCAUCACUGCUCCGUGGAGAAAAUUUGCAAGAUGUUGGACCGAGGGCUGGACCCAAACUACCACGACCCAGAUAAUGGAGAAACCCCUCUGACACUGUCUGCGCAGAUGGAUAACGCAAUUGAAAUGAUCAAGGCUCUGCGCAACGGGGGGGCCCACUUGGACUUCAGAGCCAAAGAUGGAAUGACAGCUCUGCAUAAAGCAGCAAGGGCAAAGAAUCAGUCAGCUCUUGUGACCCUGCUGGAGCUGGGGGCUUCUCCGGAUUACAAGGAUAGCCGGGGUCUGACCCCGUUGUACCACACGGCCAUGGUAGGAGGGGACCCUUACUGUUGCGAGCUGCUGCUUCAUGAACAUGCGACAGUCGGGUGCAAGGAUGAAAACGGCUGGCAGGAGAUUCACCAGGCUUGCCGAUACGGCCACUUCCAGCACCUGGAGCACCUGCUGUUCUAUGGCGCCCACACGGGAGUGCAAAAUGCGUCCGGAAACACCGCUCUUCAUAUCUGUGCUCUCUAUAAUCAGGACAGCUGCGCCCGGGUGCUACUGUUCCGAGGGACAAACAAGGAGAUAAAGAACUACAACAGCCAGUCUCCAUUCCAGGUUGCUAUUAUCGCUGGGAAUUUUGAACUUGCAGAAUUUAUUAAGAAUCACAAGGAAUCCGAUACUGUGCCAUUCAGGGAAGCGCCCAGCUACUCUCAUCGGAGAAGGGGGCCUCAAAACACGUUAGCAGCACCGAGAGUCUUGCUCCGCUCCAACAGUGACAACAACCUCAACGUCAACAACCUCCCGGAGUGGUCAGCCUCCUCGGCCUCUUUACACCGCAGCCUUUCACCACAGCUACUGCAACAGAUGCAGAAUAAUCCUAAUGGUACAGUGAAAACGAUUGGGAGCUAUGCCCAGGUACCACGGAGUCGCUCACCAUCGUUGAACCGCUUGGGGGAGGAUGCAAAGAGACAACAGCACAGGCAUAUCAGUCCUGGUGCCAACAAGGAACCCGCGCCUGCCUUGGAUUAUCAGGGUCCCAAACGCAAGCUGUACAGUGCAUUGCCUGGAAGGCAGUUCAUCGUGGUGAAAUCCUAUCAGCCCCAAGGUGAAGGAGAAAUCCCCCUCCAUAAGGGAGACAGGAUAAGAGUUCUGAGCAUUGGUGAAGGAGGAUUCUGGGAAGGAAAUGCCCGGGGACAUGUGGGAUGGUUUCCCGCUGAAUGUGUGGAAGAGAUUCAACCCAAGCCAAGUGAUGGACGAUCGGAGACACGCACCGACAGAACCAAAAAGCUCUUCCGGCACUAUACUGUUGGAUCUUAUGACAGCUUUGAUGCAUCCAGUGACUGCAUCAUCGAGGAGAAGACCGUGGUGCUGCAGAAAAAGGAUAAUGAAGGUUUCGGAUUUGUACUCCGAGGGGCAAAGGCUGACACGCCUAUUGAGGAAUUCAACCCAACACCAGCAUUUCCGGCCCUACAGUACCUGGAAUCUGUGGAUGAAGAUGGGGUGGCUUGGCAAGCUGGACUACGGACUGGGGACUUCCUGAUUGAGGUUAACAACGAGAAUGUGGUGAAAGUUGGUCAUAGGCAGGUAGUGAACAUGAUCAGGCAUGGAGGCAACCACCUCGUCCUCAAGGUUGUGACCGUGACCAGGAAUCUGGAUCCGGAUGAUACAGCGAGAAAGAAAGCCCCACCACCGCCAAAACGAGCCCCGACUACCGCGCUCUCGUUGAGAUCUAAAUCAAUGACCUCAGAGCUUGAAGAACUUGCAGUGGAUAUAGCCUCUGUACGGAGAAGGAAGGAUGUUCAAGUUUCAGAUGUUGAGUGUUUGAAGAGGAGGAUUGUAAUUCGCGUUGCACUAAACAAAGUGGAGGAAUCUGGUCCCAUUUCAAAGCCCCUAAGACCACUGGACAACACACCAGUAGACUCCAGAGUGGCCACAGUUAAACAGCGCCCAACUAGUAGAUGCUUCCCUGCUGCUUCAGACACCAAUUCAAUGUAUGAUAGGCAGGGUAUCGCUGUAAUCCCGCCCACUGCUCCAGGAAGCCAUCAAGGUCCAUUUCUGGGCAUACCCCGUGGCACAAUGAGAAGGCAAAAAUCCAUAGACAGCAGAAUUCCUUUGUCAGGCAUCACUGAAGAGGAACGGCAGUUUUUAGCGCCCCCUAUGUUGAAGUUUACUAGAAGUUUAUCCAUGCCAGAUGCCUCUGAAGAUAUCCCACCUCCACCAGCAACCUUACCGCCCUCACCGCCACCUCCUUCACCGUCUUCAUUUAACUCCCCAAAAUCUCCAGCUCCUAGGGGGUAUGGAACUAUUAAACCAGCCUUCACCCAGAAUUCAGGAACAAAGUCUCCAUCACCAGCCGUAAGGUCGGACAAUGUAGGAACAAUCGCCAGAGAUAGAAGUAUGUUCUUCAGGCACGAAGCCAAGAGGUUCUCCUUGGACUCUGAGGAGUUGUACAACACCAACAUGUCAACCCAGCAGAACUUUAUAAACAAAAGAAGCAAGAUGCCUGAAAACCCAUAUUCUGAAGUAGGAAAAUUUGGAAAUAAAGCAGUGUAUGUACCGGCCAAACCUGCCAGGCGGAAGGGCAUGCUGGUGAAACAAUCCAAUGUGGAAGACAGCCCUGAAAAGACAUGUUCCAUUCCAAUCCCAACAAUCAUCAUUAAAGAGCCUUCAACCAGUAGUAGCGGCAAGAGCAGCCAGGGCAGCAGCAUGGAGACGGACCUCCAAAUCUCAGAGCAAGUAGGACAGUUGCGGCCUGAUGAUAGUCUUAAUGUAAGUAGUCCAUUUGCAGCUGCCAUUGCUGGAGCAGUAAGAGACAGGGAAAAGAGACUAGAGGCCAGGCGCAACUCUCCGGCCUUCCUAUCAACGGAUUUGGGUGAUGAGAGCGUGGGUCCCAAACCAAGCCCAAGGUUACAGCAUUCAAAGUCUAUCGAUGAUGGAAUGUUCUACAAUGAGGAGAACACAAAGAAUCUCAUGACUCCCCGCUCUUUGAUUAUCAGCAGAGGACCUCCUAAUGCCUUUACUAACAAUGACUCCAGCCAUCAGGGAGACGUGAGCAAUGCAAGGAUGUCUAAGGUCAAAGGGCCUGAGAACAAUGCAGCUCCAGCAAAAAGUACCAACGCCUCUGGUAAUUACAUGCAUCCAGUCACAGGGAAGCUGCUCGACCCAAACUCACCUCUGGCGCUGGCCUUGGCUGCUAGAGAUAGAGCUUUGAAGGAACAAAACCAACCCAGCCCCAGCCCUACAGAUCCAGAAAAAGCAGAUCUGAACAAGCCACUUUAUAUAGAUACCAAGUUACGCACUGGCAUGGAGACGGCCUUCUCUGCAGCAACAAUCAAUGCAAAUCGACCGAACAUGCGAGGGAUGUUAAAGAGACAGGAGACGGAGAUUAAGCAUGAGCAUGACUCAUCCAAGGAGGAGAAACGGCAAGAGGAGAAAAAAAAUAUGCUGAUCAGCAUCAUGGACACCUCGCAGCAGAAGACAGCUGGGUUGCUCAUGGUACAUACUGUAGACACCACCAAAGCAGAUGAUGUACUUAUUGAAGGUGAAGAAACAGAGAAGGGCCCACCGCCUGAGAACUCAAUCUCUUCAGUAUCCGAACACAGGGAAGAGCUAGAGAAUUCCAUACCCAAGGCUAAUGAGUGUGGAACCCCCGCAGCUCCUCCCAUCAAAGCCAUUGUAUCCGUCUGCUCUGUAGAAGAGCCAGUUAUGUUACCGUUCCGUAUCCCGCCUCCUCCUUUUAUCUCGGUAGAUGUGGAUGAGGACUUUAUUUUUACCGAACCACUGCCUCCUCCUUUGGAGUUCGCCAACAGUUUCGAUAUCCCAGAGGAUGCGUCACAAAUGCCGGUCGCUAGUCUGGCCGAUAUGUUGAUUCAGAGGAAGAACGGAGCUUUUCCUCCACCUCCAUUUAAUCCCAAUGUUGCCUCUAAUUCUAUAGAAAGUAAAAGGCCAGUGGUCCUGUCUAACUGCCUGCCCACCUCUUUCAUGCAGCACCCCGAAAGCUUUGAUAAUGUGACUGACUCUGGGAUCGAAGAGGUGGAUAGUCGAAGCAGCAGUGACCAUCACUUAGAGACGACAAGCACUAUUUCCACUGUCUCCAGUAUAUCUACCUUGUCUUCUGAGGGGGGAGAGAACCUGGACACAUGUACAGUCUAUGCAGAUGGGCAAGCGUUUCUAGUGGACAAACCCCCAGUACCUCCAAAGCCAAAAGUAAAGCCCAUAAUCAACAAAAGCAAUGCACUUUAUAAGGAUGCCGUCCUGGAAGAAGAUCUAGAUAAUUUUGCAGUCCCCCCUCCUGCUCCGCCUCCUCUACCUUUAAGUAUUCAGCCCAGCAUGACCAAAGCUGGACAGCAAAGGACCUCCAAGUUAUGGGGUGAUAGCACAGAAGUCAAAAGCUCAGUCAUGCCAAGCCCCAAAGCCAGUGUUAUUAGUGAAUUAAAUUCCAUUUUGCAACAGAUGAACAGAGAGAGAGCUACAAAGCCAGGGGAAGGGUUGGAUUCACCCACUGGCAUGAAAACUGCAAGUCUCAGCACAAGGGGCACAGAUGCCUUGAGUACAGUCUCAGGUAACCGGAACACCGCGGUCACUUUCACCAUCCGACCUGGAGCCAACCAGCCAAUUUCAUUACACAACAGGACGCCUGAGUUUGACAGUCGGGUUGCAGGAAUGCGGCGAGCCCCCAGUCCUGUGGUAUCACCAGCCGAGAUCACAAGAGAUAUAAAGCCUGGUCCCCUGUCAGCUCCACCAGCCUCCAUGUCCGACGUCUUUAUCUUACCCAGCCAGCCCCCUUCAGGGGACAUGUUUGGAAUGAGCAUGGGAAGAAGUAGAUCCCCUUCCCCUUCCAUUUUACAGCAGUCAAUUUCUAAUAAGCCUUUUUCCGCAAAGCCAAUCCACAUGUGGACUAAACAGGACGUGGCUGACUGGUUAGAAAGCCUCCAUCUAGGAGAACAUAAAGAGAUGUUUAUGGAUAAUGAGAUAGAUGGAACCCAUUUACCGAACCUUCAGAAAGAAGAUCUAAUAGACCUUGGUGUCACCAGAGUAGGCCACCGGAUGAACAUAGAGCGAGCUUUAAAACAGCUUUUGGACAGAUAAAAGUACCUAGCAUUGCCUCGUCAACUCUUAUCCCCUUUGACGACCCUUGUCUUUCUGACAGUCGAAUUUCUAAAUGGGGGCCCUGAAAUACUUAAUUAUCUUUCAUUACUGCAAGUUUAAAUAGCUGUACAGAUAAUUUAUAAGCACAAUAUUUUAAGGAGAUAAAAGUGGCUGGUCUACUGGGCUGCCAUGGUGCCACUUUGGUUCUAGAAAGAAAAAAAAAAGGAAAAAAAACUUUUGUGAUUUAAUAAUACUAUUUCUGUGGAAUAAUUAUUAUAAAAAAAUGAAGAAAAAAAAGACACAAAAGAUUGACCUUUUUAGAUCAGCCUCAUUUGGAUGCACCAGAACCAGCUGAGCUGUGUUUCACUUUUUUGUAUCUUUGCUAGAACUUCUUCAUAGAAGGAUAAAUAUUUCUUCAACGAUGGGUAUAAAUCAUGCAGCAUUUAGUAAAUAUAUAUAUAUAUAGAUAUAAAUAUAUAUAUUUAAAAAAAAAAUGUAAAAAACGAUUUUAUGUAAAAGCCCCUUAUGGAAACAAGUCAUUUCUUCCUCUUCGGCAUGAAAGGAACCUUCACGAUUUGGCAACGUAUUAACUUGGACAGGUUAGAAGUUUUGUGUCUAUUCCUUUGCAGGUCUGUAUUUGAACAUUUCCAAGAUCAUUGUAUGAAAAUGAAAAAGGUGUCCUUAUUAGUACCAGGGCUGGUUUUCGGGUACAGUAUAGAGGGCAUUUUCUCACAGAUAAAAGUACAAAGCAUAUAUUACUUAAAUAUAGAUUGAUAAUUCCUGUAUUUACAGGAGGGAUUCUGACAGUUGAUGUUGGAGGACUUCAGGUUAGAACCUCUGCAGCUGGGCAUGGAGACAGGCUGUGGACUCUUAUUUAGAGGUUGGAUCAAGUUGGACAUCUAUCUGACAUGGAGUCCUCCAACUCAAUUCCAACAACGCUUGGAACAGUCUGUGGACUCUUACGUUGGAGGACCACAGGUAAGACAUCUGUCCGACCUGAAGUCCUCCAGCUGCAGCUUUCUGAAUUCCAAAAACACUUGGGGGGGGGGGGAAUUCACAAAAGUGUCGGUAAAAUAAGUAACCCAGAAGUGGCGGUUGACAAAUUUGUAACAUGUACGAACUGCAAAUUCACAAAUUCACAUUUGUUACCGUCUCUGAAUGUCUUGUAAGUCCAACCAUUUUCUAAAAUGUAUAUCUUUUCGGCGGACAGACGACGUUUUACCAAGCUUUUUCAAAAGAUCUGACCUAUAUUUUCAUUUUGGAGAUCCUAACGCGUCGGAGAAUUGUGAACAAAUGAGUUGACGAGCAAUUCAUAAAAAAUGUUGGGAAAAGUGGCGCCAAAAAACAUGGCCACUUUUAACGUCAUUAUUUCAAAAGUGUCGUACACGUCGGAAAAUUUGCAAAAAAUUGUCGGCUGUUACUACAACACUUUCUACGACAUUUAAAAAACGUUUUUUUGUUCCCGACACUUUUGUGAAUUCCCCCCUUGGAGUUAAACCAAGAUUUAACUACUAAAGGCUGGGCUGUGGAGGACCUCAGGUUCAUCUAACAUGAUCAGUUUAAACACUGCAUGUUGAACAUUUUUGCUUCCUCAGAUAGAGGCUGUGCAAUUUCAGUUGAAGGACCUCAUGGUUGGACAUCUGUCUAAGCUAAAGUCCUCCAAUUGCCUCUCUGAAUCCCAAUGACACUUAGAUUAAUCAAGGGCAACAGGUUGGAUAUUUCAUCUCCUUAGAUGGUCACACAGGCUGUGGACUUUCAUUUGAAGUACUUGUCCAACCUGAAGUUCUCCAAAUGCAUCUCUCAGAAUCCUGCCACCACAUGGAACUGGAGUUCAACCAAUUUGCAGGAUUUACCUCCACAGAUGGUCAUGCAGUUAGGCUAUGGACACUCAGUUGGAGGACCUCAGGUUGGGGAUCUGUCUAACCUAAAGUCUUCCAACUGCAGCUGAUUCCCACCGACACUUGAGGCUGGAGUUUAAUCAACAGCUUUAGGACUAUAGGUCGUCUGUGACCCCCCUCUUAUCUUUUCCGGCCCUGAUAAAUACCAUAUAUCAUUUUUUCCAUGAUCAACUGGGUAAGGACUGUACACAACUACUCAUUUUAACAAAAUUCUACAUUCUCAUUUCUGUUUUAUAGCCAUUAUUCCGUAGUGGAACCUCCAGCUUUGUUUAAAAAGUGUACAAAUAGUUUUUUGCAGCCAUCAUUGUCUUCCACUUGGUGAUAAUUCUGGAAUUAAAUAUUUAAACCACAAUGGCCGUGCUAAUUUUUCUUUUCUUGGAUGCAUAUGGUAUUACCUCUCUACAAUGUGCCAGAAAACCGAGUCUGCUUGUAGUAAAGUCUCAGACUCAUCGUGCCGUUGAUUGUGCGGAUUAAGACUGCCAGUGUGUUGACUGAUGCUUUAAAGGCCUCCUUUCCAAGAGGGAAUGAGUAUUUUCCAUGUAUAUGUUCAGGCACUUAACGCAAAUAUGUAUUUAGUAGAAACAACAACAUUUUAAAGAGCUAAUUAAAUAGUAUAUUUUUACAUGGUGUCUUAUGAAAGGUUGUAUGGGGUGUAGGCUAUGAAUUGUUUAUGUUUGCUAAUUAAAGAGAUUUGCCAUAAUUACUUUGCGUAUGAACCAUUUGGGGGGUGGGAUCAGCCUCCAGCCCUUUUGCUGAUCCCACAAAAGCAAAUGGGGAUGUAGAAUUAAAAAGGGUACCAAAAAAGAAAAAGAGUUGCUCUCGGAGCUCGUUCGGUGGAGCUCCGGCACAACGUUAUUUAUCACAGUGCUUGAUACGACGUGUAGGGACAUUAGAAUUUUUUUUUUUGUUACAUAGUGUAAUUUAACACUUUUUUCUUUACCUAUCUAGUUUAUGUCAUUUUUUGUGUAUACGACACCAACAUUUUACAAAAAAUUUUUAAAAAAAAUAUUGUAAAUUGUGUAAAAUCUGCACAGCAGCCAGUGACGGAAAAAUUUAGUUUUUUUUUUUUUUUUUAAUUCUCUUAUACAGAUAACUAGGUGUGACUGUUGAUUAAUACUCAAGGGAGGGGGGUAUUAAGUUUAAUUAAAGUGACUGAAAUCUUUUACCCUUUCAUUUGAAAUCAAUUAUAUCAGAGCCAGGAAUUCAAAAUUCAUGAUUUUUUUUUCCCCCAUGACAAAUUCAACAAAUAUUUUUUUUUUUUUGUCUUUUCCUUGCUCAGUUUUGUAUUACCAGCCUGUGUUCACGUUGUUAAUGUUUGCUGUAAUUUUGUGCUUUAAUUACCAUGACAGAACAAAUUUUUUUUGAAAAAAAAAGAAAACAAGCUACUGUAAUUGCACUUUUUUCUCCAAAUCCUCGAUACUAUUGUAUGGCAACCAAAUUAAAUUACUGUAAAAAAGAUAAAUAAAUAUCAUAUUGCACUAAA